AUGGCCGCUACGCAGGUAUCAUGCAUUCUGUGCGGUGCACCGAUUGAGAAUGUUUCACCUCAAACCAUAGGCUGGAUGAGUGAAUUUCGUGCUUUAUAUUGCACCUUUGAAGAACCAGACGUGGCACACUUGUCUAUGCUGGGGUUGAAGCAGCAUACUGGAGACAUUAUUCCUCUUGAUCCUCAGAUGAGGCUGGGUAUGCCUGAGUUGAGCGACGAGGAUACUUGCGUGGCUAUUCAACUGAUGGAUAGUGCUCUUAGAGAGCUACCACACAAUUCACAUGUGAUAUCUCACCGAGUCUGGGGCUUUCCUUUGCAUGGACGCUGUUGGCGCGUUCUCACAGUUGCAUACUCUGGAUCGAUCGAUGACAGAUUUAUCCAAGCUUUGUUUGAGCUUUGCAGGUGUUGUUCCAUUCAACUUGGUACAUUGGACUGGGGACAUGACUACGGCGGCCUUGCUGGGUAUAACGAUGAACCAGGGAGGUUUCGUCCCGGCAACACAAGGCUCACAAACCAUAAUUAUUAUAGAGUCGAUCCAUUUCGGCAACCGGAACUGACUAAGAUUUUUUCGAAUGUGCACGCUACAGAGGCAUUAGUGGAACAAAAAUACGACCAGCGGAAACGCAAUCUUGCAGCCUCGAAUACGAACGAGCUCAGCCAGCAAGACUAUUUUAGGAUGCUCCCAACAGAACUGCUUGACCAGAUACUUGUCAUUCUCUGUUCAAGUGAUGUUAGAAAUCUUCGACAAGCAUCUCGUUCCGUCUCUGAGGCGACUCUCUCAAAUGAAUUCUGGCACUCCAGGUUCCUUCCCGGCGGAGAAUUCGCUCAUGUGUUCGAAGCAGCCUGUGAGUUGCCAGGUGCUAAGUGUUGGAAACACUUGUUCGACCGAGUAAGAGCGAUACAAGGGCAGCCGGCCCUCGUGAAUAGAAAGCGCAUCUGGAAGCUAGCAUGUGGUCUCUGUGAUCUGAUCGAUAUGCGCCUAGCUUCUUCCGUCUGUUAUGGGUCUCCUAAUGAAUAUAACACCGGGUUCCGUAUGGGAAUCGACUCGAGCAGCCACGGCAUAGUGCUAUAA